GGCCGAACGGAGAUCACAUACCCACUAUCUGCAACACAGAAAAAAAAAGACACAAUUUGUCAAACCUCACUGCAGAUGUAUGCUUUUGUUCCUCCUCCUCACCGCUAUCAUCACUGCAUCACUUUGCAAGGCUUCAGUGACUUUGCACUGGCUGUUGCUCCCUGCAUGGGGCCGACGCGCAGCCAAUCAGACGUCAGUGCGUCAGAGGCGUGCCUGUCGUAGGGCUCAGCGCACAUGAUUUUUUUUUUUCUUGGUUUGUUUUGGUUAACCCUGAAGGAGAGUGGGUGGACACUAUGCUCCAUCGUCAUGAAAUAAUGGUGUUUCUUGCGCUGGUGCUUUAAAGUCCAUCAAUAAGAGCAUUGAUUCCUAAUGGACAUCCAGAGGCAUCAGGGGGAGACCUUCAAGGUGCACCCGGUGGUGGGUGAAGCCAGUGGAGGGGACAUGCAGGAGUUAACAGUGGACAACGUGGAGGCAGCUCUCUACCAGCUUUAUUUCGACCCAGACAUGGAGCAUAAGAAUGCGGCCCAGAAGUGGCUCACCCAGGCUCAGGCGUCUGCACAGGCAUGGCAGUUCUGCUGGGCCCUGCUAGGUGCUGACAAGCUCCCUGAGGUCCAGUUCUUUGGUGCCAGCACCCUCCACACCAAGAUCUCCUCUCACUGGAGCGACCUGCCUGCAGACCAACAUGAUCACCUCAGAGUGCAGCUCCUUUCCCACAUCUUGCACUUCUCCUCUGGGCCCAAAAUGGUCCUGACAAGGCUGUGUGUGGCCCUGUCCUCCAUGGCCCUUAACUUGAUUCCCCACGUCUGGUCUCAGCCAGUUGCAGACAUGGUGCAAGCCUUCCAGCCGCAGAGCCCUGAAGGUGCAGAGGCGACGCAGGACCCUCAUGUGCACUGUCUGGCCCUGCUGGAGCUCCUGGUGGUACUUCCAGAGGAGUUCCAGAGCAGCCGGCUGACUCAGGCUCGACGUGCCCAGCUGAGGGAAGCCUUGACUGGGGAGUGGACUGCUGUGUGUCCCCUGUUGCGUCAGCUCCUCCAAAGUCAGGACUCAUCGACCCAGGUGAAAGAGAAGGUGUUGCGCUGCCUGUCCAGCUGGGUGGGACUGGAUGUCCCGCUAGGAGAGAGUCAAGAACUGGUCCAGGACUGUUUCACGGCUUUGUCCAACCCUGAACUGUUUGACACGGCUGUUGAGACAAUUGUUAACGCCAUCUCGCAACCUGAUUGUCAAAGGUACAGCAACGCUCUGGUGAGCCUGUUGCCUCUGGUGUUGGGACUCCAUGAUCAGCUGAAGACAGCGGCUCAGGAGGGCGACAUGGAGACCUCACAUGGGAUCUGUCGCAUUGCCGUUGCCAUGGGCGAAACACACUCCAGGGUUUUGCUGGAGCAAGUGGAUCACUGGCAGGAGUAUUUUGCCCUGGUCAACAUGAUUCUGUUCUGUACUGGGAUUCCUGGGCAGUACCCAGUCAGCGAGACCACCAGCUCCCUCACACUCACCUUCUGGUACACUCUGCAGGAUGACAUCUUGUCGUUCGAGGAGGAGAAGCAGGUCGUUUACCUGCACGUCUACAGGCCAGUUUACUUCCAGCUGGUGGAUGUGCUGCUACAUAAAUCACACUAUCCUUCCCUGGAAGAAUAUGCAUCCUGGAGUUCUGAUGACAAGGAACAGUUCAGAGUCUACAGGGUGGACAUCUCUGACACGUUGAUGUAUGUCUAUGAAAUGUUGGGAGCUGAGCUGCUCAGUAACCUUUAUGACCGCCUGGGGAGACAGCUGAUGGACCCCCAGCAGUCAACAGGAUGGCAGGACACAGAGGCGUUGUUAUUUGGCUUCCAGUCCAUAGCAGAGACCAUCGAUGUGAACUACUCUGAUGUCAUUCCUGGUCUGAUUGGCCUGAUCCCCAGAAUCAACAUCAGUAACGUCAUGCUGGCUGACACAGUCAUGUACACAAUAGGGUCCCUGGCUGAGUGGCUGGUGGACCACCCGGUGAUGCUUGGUGGUAUGCUACCCAUGGUGCUCCAGGGUCUCGAGAGGCCCGAGCUCUCCGUGUCCAGCGUUUCUACUCUGAAGAGGAUCUGCAGGGAGUGUCAUCACGACCUCGGCCCUUACGCUCAAGACAUCCUCACCGUGUCCCAGGACGUGCUGGUGAAAGAGAUCCAUAAGAGCAGCCAGUGCAUGUGGCUCAUGCAGGCUCUGGGCUUCCUGCUGUCAGCUGUGCCGGUAGAAGAGGUUUUGGGAAAGCUGCACUCACUCAUCACCCCUCACAUCCAGCAGCUGGACACACUGGCCCAACAACCGCCUGAUCCCGCCAAUAAACAGUCCAUCAUUCACAUCCUGGGAAUGUUGUCCAGCCUGUUCACCACUCUGGACAUCAACAGACACACAGACGGCUUAGAAGGAACGGCCCACCCAUCGCUGCCUCACCCCCAGAGCACACACAACCCAGUUGUGGUUGUGCUACAGCAAGUGUACACAUUGAUCCAGAACAUCCUCAGUAAAUGGCUCAAGGACUCCGAGGUGGUGGAGGCAGUGUGUGGAGUGUUCUCGAAGACCGUUCGAACCCUCCUCCAUGAUUUCGGGCCCUUGGUAGCGCAACUGAGCGAGACGUUGGGGCAAAUCUAUGGCGCCUACCCACAAGCCUCAGCGCUGGACCUGGCGUCUCAGAUGGUUCACAUAUUUGCUGGAGAGGAACACCACACAUGCUCCAUUAAAGGCCUUCUUGAAGUUCUGAGCUCGUCCACUCUGACCAGAUUUCAGCAAGGUGUAAAUGAUCAUCCUGAUGUUGCAGAGUCCUUCAUGUACCUUCACGCUCAGGUUCUUAAAAGAAAACCCGAUUUGUACCUCUCUGAGCAUCUGGAUGUGAAAGCUCUCUUUUACUGUGGGAUUCUGUCACUUAAAUUUCCAGAAACAUGCACAGUCAAAGCUGCCAGCCUCUUCUUUACGGAGUUGUUGCCUCGCUGUAAAGACAUGUCAUCUCUUGGUGAGGUGCUGCAGGGAGAGGGAAAGCGCCUUACAGAAACCGUUCUGCAGGCAGUUGGUGGUGGAUCUCCUCGCAGUCUGACAGAGUAUUUCUCCGAGGUGCUGCUCAGUCUGAGUCGACACUGUUCAGCUCUGCUUUCCCGAUGGCUCAAAGAAUGUCUCGAGUUGCCAGGAUUCCCCUCAGCGCACGUCAGCCCAGAGCAAAAACACACCUUCGCGCAGCAGCUUCUCAGGGAGCAAAGCAACAAGCGGCGCAUUAAGGAGAUUGUGAAGGAGUUUUCUCUGCUUUGCAGAGGCCUGCAGGGGUGCGGACACUCUGAUUACUAGACUACCGUACUUUUUUUUCUCAGAGCACAAAAAAAGAUUGUAAGAAAUAAAAAACAUGUAAAAAAAAAAAAAACACAGCAUCUCCUCAGCAGGGGUGAUAUUAUUGGACGCAAAGGUUUUACCAAUGUCAGGAAGUGUGGACAUACAUAUAUUGGAAUUCAAUAUUGGAAUUUUGUUUCCCCAUAUAUAAGUGGACAUGCAAGGGCAAAAUAAUAAAUUCAAAAGAAAAUCAUGUGGGGUUUUUUUUUGUUGUAGUAUACUGGCAUAAUGCUCACACUAUACCCCCCACCCCAACAAAAAAAGACAUGCUCAAGUCGGACCGUCUUCUCUCUGUUGCAGAGUCUUUUAAAAAUGUGAGGUCAUAACAUGAUAGCGUUGUUGAACAUGUAUAUUUCUGAUAAUUCAUCAUAAAAUGACAACAGAAAAGAACAUGACGAUUACAAAGCUGACCUGUUUUUGUCCACGAGGGUGACAUCACUGAUGAGGGGGAAGGAAAGCUUGUAGUGCAUAUUGUUGGUUUAAAAAAACAAAACAAAAAAAAGUGUCGUGUUGGAGUAGUGUGUCACUGCAGCUCAUCGGAUUCUUGUGAAAAGGUUCAGCACAGACUUUGACUCCUGUUGAAAGCACAUAGAAAUGUAAAAGCGACUAGCAUGUGGCCUCAGAAGUGACAUGAACGCUGUACCUUGGUGCAACGCGUUUUGCUGAAGACGUUCCAAAAGCGAAGGGUCUCAUCCCCCGCGCCGGUGACGAUGGCCUCGCCGUCAGGUGACACGGCCUGAGAGGUGGGAGGGGGGCAAAGAGAAAAGACAGGUGGCGACACGGACGUUUAAACAUGAAGAUGACGUCGCUGACUGACGCUGAGGUCUUACCAGGUAGAGCACUCUGUACGAGUGCCCCGUCAACUUGGCCACCUGUGUCAGCGACGGGU